UCAAAGCAGUGCGUGAAAUGCCAGGGCUUUGGCCAUUUAGAGGCUAGGUGCACUAAAAUAGCCUGUCAGAUAUGCAGCGAGGCUCACCACACUAGCCUACACAAAUGCAAAUCCUGUCCUGCGAAAGGCAAAGCAUGCGUUCACACUAUAUUUAAGUGUGUUAACUGCAGCAAACCUCAUGCAGCAAACAGCCCCAGCUGUGAUAUCCUCAUAGCUAGAACCACUAGAACGAGCAACCCUAACAACUAG